UUAAUGAAACUCUGGUUGACUAUGAGUAUUUCUCUGGUAUAUAAUACCAUUCAUUUACUUACAGGGCCACCACCAGCAAAGAAACUUAAACCUGGAGACGUAGACCAGAUUAAAGGAAGGGAUCCUAAGUUGACGGCUAUGAUAGAUACAACAAAGUCUACAAUUCAGACAGAAAAAGAAAGCUACAAGUAUAUUUCUACCAAAAGUCUCCAAGAUGCCCGUCAAAAACUUCUGAAGAACAAGAUCGUUAUAAUCCAGGGAAACUCCGGGGACGGGAAAUCAUCUACUGCACUUGAACUUCUCGGUUUGCUGUGCGGUAAUGAAGAGGAGGGGCAACAGAAACAAUGUCGACAACCACUACAACUACACGACAUAAAAGACAUGGAUUUGGUGGCACCAAAGUCACAAUUAGUUAUUCAUUUUGAUGACAUCUAUGGAAAGAAUGUUGUGUGUCAGGAAGAUGUGAAAGAAUGGGAGAAACGAGAAAAAGAAAUUAAUGCAAAACUUUGUGGAAAUGAAUCUGAGGCUAAUUAUCUGGUCAUUACAAUUCGUAGUGGAAUUUUUAAUUCUUUAAGUGGCCUUGGAAAAUUAUUUACCAAAGAAAACAUUGUUGACCUUAGCCAGUACAAAGAAGAAAAAGAAAAACUUGCAUUGUUAAGGUUGUAUGAACCAAAAACUGAAUUUGUUAAAUGGACAGAUGAUGAGGAGAAACAGAUUGUGGCCUCGGCCCCAGACAUUGGGUUUCCACAGUGUUGUAGAUUAUUUAGGGACACACCUAGUUUACAAACAGAGAGAGUCAAAUUCUUUGAAAGACCUUUGCAUUAUUUUAAAUCCUCUUUAUCUAAAUUAGAAGACGGGAAAUUUUAUGGUCUGCUGUAUCUGUUCCUCAAUGGCGGCUCAGUUGCAGAACAUGAUUUAGACCCUUCUAUUGAAAAUAUUGAGGAAAAUGAGAAAAUGAAAGCAGCAUUUGCUUUUGAUGUAGUAAAAGUUAACCAAACACCUGAGCUCUGUCAAUUUUGUAAUAUCUGGUUGAAAGUUUAA